CGCCCUCAGGGCUGCCUCACCUGUCUGGAAUGUGGAGCUAGUGAGAGGAAGACGAGUGCACAGAGACGAAGCCCUCUGAACCAGAUGGCAGACAGAAAAGUCGCCCGGCGACGCCGCUGGUGGCGUCUGCAUCAGCGGUGGAGGAUGAUCGGCGUGUUCGAGGUCAACCAGGACAACGACUUCUACCAUCUGACCUCCAUGAUCAAAGAAGGCAUGCACGCCUCCAUCCAGACCGCCGCGGACACGUCAGGACAGGAGACGCCUGCAGCCGACGACGUCAUGGUGGAGAGGAGUCACGAGGGCUUCACCAUGCAGACGUUUGCAGCGCCGCUGUUCGCUGCAGUGAGGCGUUCACUGGACAUCACAGAGCAGGAAUAUACAGACUCCCUCUGCUCGGAGGAAUGCUACCUGCAGUUCGUGAGCAACUCCAAGAGCAAGGCCGACUUCUUCAUCACGAACGACAAGAGGUUCUUCCUGAAGACCCAGAGCCAGCGCGAGGUCCGGUUCCUCCUGUCCAACCUGGAGGCCUACAUGGACCACCUGGAGAAAUACCCCCAUUCCCUGAUAGUGAGGUUUCUAGGUGUCCACAGGAUUGUAAUCCCUAAUCAAAUGAAGAAGUACUUCAUCGUGAUGCAGAGUGUGUUCUACCCCGAUGAGAGGAUCAACAUCAGAUACGACAUUAAAGGCUGUGAGGUCGGGAGGUGGACUGACCCGAAAACCACCGGGGGCAAACAAGUCCUGAAGGUCCUGAAGGACAAUAACUUUGAAGGGCAGUCGAUUGCUUUAGGUCCAGAAACUUCCUGGUUUGCCCACCAGGUGAAGGUGGACGCUGAGUUCCUCCGUGGGCUCAAUGUGCUGGACUACAGUCUCCUGCUGGCCCACCAGCCGCUGCACAGAGACGAGCUGGAGGGGAAACACUCCCUGGCCAACCUGGUUGUGCGCACCACGAAGUCUGUGGAUUUAGCCGACAGUCCCACCGAGUCAACCCCCCCCACCGCUACUCUCCUGAGCGGGACCGUGGGUGGGGCCACGUCCGGUCCCACAGGAAGGCCUCUGGCAGCAGCUGAGGGGCCCGAUGAGGGGAUUCCCCUCCAGGAGAUCAACCCCCUACACGAUGGAACCAGCACGGACACAGACAUGCAGGAGUUCCUCGAGCAUCACCGCCGGCUGCUGCCCAACUGCAAAAAUGCGAUCCACGUGAUAGACGGGCCCGACCGGCGCCACUUUGUGGGCAUCAUAGACAUUUUCACCGUCUACGGCAUUAAGAAGAAACUGGAGAAUCUGUGGAAAUGUCUCCGGUUCCCAGGCAGGGACUUCUCCACAGUCCGGCCCUCCAGAUACUCAGACCGGUUCUGCCAGUGGAUUCAGGACCACUGUGAGUGACUCCACUAAGACCACAUGACAUACCCCGAAUGUACAACCCACACUUUCAAUUUAAUUAAAUUCAGUUUAUUUUGUAUAGCCCAAUAUCACAAAUUACAACCUCCCCUCAGGGAGCUUUACAAUCUGUACACAUACGACAUCCCUGACCUUUGACCUCACAUCGGAUAAUAAAUAAUGAUAAGGGUUCCAGGGUUAAUUAAUAAAUGGAUACAUAAUUGAUUCGCAUACAUAGAAACCUUGUCCGUGAUGUUGGCAGAUUUAGGAGAGGAACUUCCUGUCACCUCCCGUGUGCUUCCUGUUUUAUUUUGAAGUCCUUGUCCCUGGCGUCCUCUUGUUUCCCUGCACUUCCUGUCCCUGUGAUGGUCUUCCCCGUGUCGCCUGGUUCAUUCACUGUAAGCCCCGCCCUCAUUGGUUCCACCUGUGUCUCGUUCCCCUGUGUGUUUAGAAACGUGACACAACGUGACACUCCCAUUGCUAUUGGUUUAUUAUGUAUUUCAAGUCUUUCAGUUGAGUUUGCCUCUUUCUUUUUAUACAUAAACUGUGUUUUAUG